AUGGCUGGGAGCUCAGAGAAAGUACCGAUCGCGUCCGCGGGACCAGAGGACCUGCACCAGUUCAUGCCUCCGGCUUACUCCACGGUGGCGGUGAAGCCCGCCGCCUCCAGCCGCCUCCUGAAGGCCGGGCUCGCGGUGCUCGUGGCCGGCGCGCUCCUGCUGCUGCUCGGGGCCGCCGGAGCUUUUUACUUCUGGAACAACAGCGACAGACACGUCUACAACGUGCACUACAGCAUGAGCAUCAACGGCAAAGUGGAGGAGGGCUCCAUGGAGAUCGACGCGGUCAAUAACCUGGAGACGUUCAGCACCGGCAGCGGGGCCGAGCAGGCGGUGGAGGUGCACGACUUCCAGAUCGGAAUCACAGGAAUCCGGUUUUCGGGGGGGGAGAAGUGCUACAUCAAGACCCAGGUUAAAGCUCAGCUGCCCGACGUGGAGACGCUGAACAAGGACUCAAUGACAUUUGACCUGGUAGACAGCAAGGAGAUGAAGUGGAAACCCGGCGGAGCAGAGACCGGGGCGGAACGUUACCCAGGCAGGACUCUGGUCGGCAGAUCCCGAAAAUUCAUAUGA